UGAGAGAAUAUUAAGAUAGAUAUUAAGAAUAUGAAAAGUUGUAAAUUUUAAAAUAAAUUGUAUAUAUGUAAUUUUAUCAAAGCAGUUGUAGAAAGGUCAUAUUCUAUGUAAAUUCCUCUAAAAAAUAUGGGUUUGUGCACUUGGGCCGAAAAUAACAAAUGAAUGGAGUUUUAAAUUCGGACCCUAAUGCCGAUGAAUGAUUUUGGCCCGCCAAUUUCAAAUGUCGCCGGAGUAAAGCUCUCUGCUGUCAAUCUUUGCUUCUCUCCGCCUGAAUCAAGCUGUAAGUUCCCCUUUUUCAUUCCUGCUCUUUCCCUCUCCUCCUCCUCACUGUUCCUCACGAGACAAAAACCCUAAUCCCUGUAUGCCAUAGUAUAGUUUGAAUUGGGAAUUGAGAUGCAGUACUUUAUUACUCCUUCGGUCCUUCCACAAAACGACUGCCUCUUUUAGUAGUAAAUGGUCAACUUUUAACACCCCCUUUUUCUGGAAAAUUUCUUUUACCUUGCCGAGAUUGCUCAAGACUGAACUAAAUUGAUAUGUUGAUAGCAAAUUACCCAGACAGUUGAACUUUGAAGUAAAUAUGGACCGAUAAUUAGGUUGAAUUCACAUUCACCGCUAAAAUUCAUGAUAUCUGAAGCCAUAAUAGGCUAAAAGAUCCAUUUGUUUUCGAAUUGGAUCCAUCAUUUAGAGCUUGGAAGAAAAGAAAAAAGGAAAGAAAAUGGAGACCCCAAAAUCACAGGGUUCGAUCUCAAAGAGACCUGUCAGAAUGAGGGUAGCUUCAAGGAAUUAUAAUGAGAAUUUGAUGGAUGAGUUGAUAGAGGAGCAGUUGGGUGGCUCUGUGAGGAAGAGGAAUAGAACAAAGAAAGAUUUGGAGAAAGAAACUGAAAUAGAGGCCAUGAUUGCUAUUUCUUUGGGCUUCCCCAUCGAUGACCUUCUUGAAGAAGAAAGAAAGGCUGGAGUCGUAAGUGAACUGGACGGGAAAGAGCAAAAUGAUUACAUUGUUGUGAGAAACCAUAUCCUUGCAAAAUGGAGAGAGAAUGUGCAUAUUUGGCUGUCCAAAGGAAAGAUAAGGGAAACUGUAAGUGCCGAGUAUGAUCAUCUGGUGGCCGUAGCAUAUGACUUUCUUUUGCAUAACGGGUAUAUAAAUUUUGGGGUUUCACCGUCAAUUGUAUCUCUUAUUCCCGAGGAACCUAGUGAAGGGUCUGUAAUUAUUGUUGGUGCUGGACUCGCUGGUUUAGCUGCAGCAAGGCAACUGAUGUCAUUUGGAUUCAAGGUGGUUAUCCUUGAAGGUAGGAACCGACCCGGAGGGAGAGUUUAUACUCAGAAAAUGGGGCGGAAGAGCAAGUUUGCUGCUGUGGAUCUUGGUGGCAGUGUCAUAACUGGUAUCCAUGCAAAUCCUUUGGGAGUUUUGGCUAGACAACUUUCCAUUCCGCUUCAUAAAGUUAGAGAUAAGUGUCCUUUAUACAAGCCUGAUGGAGCUCCUGUUGAUGCAGAAAUUGAUUCCAGAAUUGAACUCAUUUUCAAUAAGCUACUAGAUAAAGCUACCGAGCUAAGAAAAAUAGUAAGUGGAUUGGCUAAUGAUAUCUCGUUGGGCUCCGUUUUGGAGAUGCUUAGACAACUAUACGCUGUGGCUAAAACUACAGAGGAGCGGCAACUUCUGGAUUGGCAUUUUGCAAACUUGGAAUAUGCAAAUGCUGGAUGCCUCUCAAAACUCUCUGCUGCCUAUUGGGAUCAGGAUGAUCCUUAUGAAAUGGGCGGUGAUCAUUGUUUUCUUGCUGGUGGAAAUUGGGGUAUAAUCAGAGCACUGUGUAAAGGAGUUCCUAUAUUUUAUGGCAAGACUGUUCAGACAAUAAAGUAUGGAAAUGAAGGAGUAGAGGUCAUCGCUGGGGGCCAAGUUUUUCAGGCAGACAUGGUCCUCUGUACUGUUCCUCUUGGGGUACUAAAAAGAAAAUUAAUUAGAUUUGAACCAGAGUUACCUGAGAAGAAGCUUGAAGCUAUUGAUAGGCUAGGAUUUGGGUUGCUGAAUAAGGUUGCCAUGGUAUUCCCUCAUGUUUUUUGGGGGGAAGACUUGGAUACCUUUGGUUGCCUCAACCAUUAUAGCCAUAGACGAGGAGAGUUCUUCUUAUUUUACAGUUAUCAUACUGUUUCUGGGGGUCCAGUUCUUAUUGCACUUGUUGCUGGUGAUGCUGCUCAACUUUUUGAAUCCACAGAGCCAGCCACUUUAAUUAAUCGAGUUAUGAGCAUUCUCAAAGGCAUCUAUGAGCCAAAAGGCAUAAACGUGCCUGAUCCUAUACAAUCCAUAUGUACAAGGUGGGGAAGUGAUCCCUUUUCGUUUGGAUCAUAUUCACAUGUUCGCGUUCAGUCUUCUGGCAGUGAUUACGACGUACUCGCAGAAAAUCUUGAAGGUCGGCUGUUUUUUGCUGGAGAGGCUACAAUUCGACAACAUCCAGCCACCAUGCAUGGCGCCUAUUUGAGUGGCUUAAGAGAAGCUUCUCGCAUUUCCCAAUCCAUGAAAGGGAGGCAAAACAAUCCAAGGAAAACUGUACCAAAGAAUGUCGGACCAAGCAAUGAUGUAUUGGAAGAGUUGUUCAAGAGGCCAGAUCUAGCAUUCGAGGACUUCUUGUUUGUAUUUGAUCCUUCGACCUAUGAUUCUAAAUCUUUAGGACUCAUGAGAGUUACUUUUGCAAAAUUCAAUGAUGAACUUAAUGCAGAACUGUCUUGUGGCAAGGAGGCCGAUAAUAUGCCUCAGCAUUUAUUAAAUCAACCAUUGCAGCUUUAUACGGUUGUGUCUCGUGAGCAGGCGGUUGAGUUGCAGUUGGUGAAGGGUGGAAAUGAUUGUAAAUUGUCAUAUUUGUUUAAAAGUCUUGGCUUGAAGUUACUGGGAGCUAAUGCAUUAGGAAUUCUUGGCAACUCUUUAGCUGCUAACAUUUCUAAUUCUCGAAGAGGCAAAGGCCGGAAUCGAAGUUAUGGUGCCCAACAGAAUGCAGGCUACACGAAUAUUCAGCUAUCUUGAAUAAUGCUGAAUGUAUCUUCAAAUUUGUGGAGGAAUGCAGUAAAGAUGGCAUCUUUUACAUCUUACAUUGACUGUGUGUCGCUGACUGACCAGAUCAAAUAUUAGUAUGUUAGUUAGUCAUAGCAUGUGCAUUCAUGUUGCUCGCUGGUACAUCUUGUGCAACUGGCGUCGUAGUAUGUGCUCCAAGACCUCAUUCAGAUACAUAUUAUUUAGCUGUGAAGUUGAGCAGUCCUUGGUGAAAAAGGCUCGAGGAUUCUGCACAGUUUGCAUAGAGUUUCAAGCCUUCCUGUUCUAUAUCUGUUGGUUUUGUUGUGGAUAUUCUUUUGUAUGUUUGUCCUUUGUACUCCUGGAAAAUGCAAAGUGUAGACUAAAAAGUUUGUUGGUCCCUUUUGUAGGCGAACUCGUAUAAUUUUUGGAAGAAAAGAAACAAGUAGGAUGGGGUUAGACUUGUUGUAAACUUGUACCAGUAAAGAGCUGAAAAUGAAAAAGAAACCAGUUGAACGCAUGUCAGCUCUGUGUCAAUUUAUUUAUUUCUUGUUUAACUUUGUUUUACACAGAUUAUCAGCU